AUGCAGCUCUCCACAACUCUCGCGGCCGCCGCGGUGAUGCUCGCCGGCUUCUCGGCAUCGGCCCCACUCGAACGCCGGGCCUUCAGUGCCGAACUCCCGAUCAGCCCGGAGCAGAUCAAAGUCGUGGAGGAAACAGCGCGAGGAUCGCUCCCCAACUCUGCACCGCCGCCCAAGUUGGAGCCAAGCAGUUUGACGGCUUUCCAGCUCAUUCAGUUCAACGAACAAUUCGAGGUCGCCUUCUUCUCAUCCAUGCUGGAAAACGUCACCAAUGGAGGACCUGGUUGGGAAACGACCGAGAAAGAUAAGAUGGUCGACGCGCUGAAGGUUAUCGUUGCUCAAGAAAAGCUCCAUGCGCUCGACGCUAAAGGUGUCUUGGACCACUUCAAUGCUUUUUCACCGCCGCCUUGCAAGUAUCAGUUCCCGACCAACGACUUGAAAUCGGCCGUGGCCCUCGCCGAAACCUUUACCUCUGUUGUUCUCGGCACUCUGCAAGAUGCGAACCAGCUUUUGGCAAAGAAUGGCGACGCCGGUCCCGUCCGAGCCGUUAGUGCCGUCAUCGGCCAAGAGGGUGAGCAGAAUGGAUUCUAUCGCAGCAUCCUCUCGCGCCCGCCGUCGUCGCAGCCCUUCCUCACGACUUCUAUCGCGCCAUUUGCCUUCUCUGCGCUGCAAUCUUUCGUUGUCAAGGACUCUUGCCCGUUCAAGAUGAACCAGAUCGACAUUCCCCUCUUUGCUCCGUUGAAUGUCAUGCAAAUGGCAGGAGGAGAGAUCGAGGCCAAGAACCAAAUGCUCAACUUUGAAGUCGACUUGCGGGAAAUCGUCACGGCCGGCCGCUUCCUCGGCAAGGACAAGGCACCUUUGUUCGUCACCUACCUUAGCGGACUCAACGUUCCUCUGAGCGUGCCUGUCUCCAACCCGCAGUGGGACGGCGCGAGGAUCGCCUUCCAAGCCGAGUUCCCCUUCGAUAAGAAAAGCAUGUUCGGUCUGUCUAUCGCUGCACUUACGUACGAGGGCAAGUUCACCAACCCCGACGACAUUCCGAAGGCGACCCUGGCAGGUCCCGGAUUGAUCCAGGUUAACAAAUGAGAGGGUGCAACCUUUAGGAUUGUAAUUGUACAAAUGGUGUGGCAUGUUGGCAAGCGUCGUGUAGAAGAUCUGGAAGAUAUCCCAAGCCAAGGC